GGGGUAGGGUUGGCAGGGACUGCUGGAGGUCAUCUGGUGCCACUCAGAGCAUCUGCCCCAGCCCUGUGCCCACGUUUCCCAGGAAAAGAGCUCACAAGCCUCUGAGGGCGACUUGUGCCAGCGCUGGGUCUCAGCACAGCCCAAGUGUUUGCUGACGCUCAGACGGAACUCAGCUGUGCUCCAGGCUGCACCCACUGCCGCCGCCUGUUCCUGAGCAGCACUGAGGGAGAUUGGCUCCGUCCUCUCUGCCCCGCCCUGCUGGCCUUUACGGACACGGAGCCCCUUCUGCACGCUGAGCGGUUUCAGCCCUUUCCAUCCCGCACCGGCCGCAAACCCAAUGGGUCGCUCCGUGCCUCUCAGUGCUCUCAGUGCCAGGCCUACGCGGCGCUCAGGGACCUUCCGGGACCCUCCUGGCUUUGCCCCAACGCCCACCCGGCCACCACGGCGCGUGGGGCUGAGCGGCCGUUGCGCUCCUCGCGGCGGGGGCGGUUGGAACCCGGAGCCAGUCGGGAGCCGCGGGCAGCCGGCAGGACGCGACCCGGCCGCUCCGCACCAUGCCAGCCCGCCGCCGGCACACGCGGAGCCGAGGCCCGGCGAAGGAGCCGUCCGCGGCACGAACGCCGCCCGCCCGGGAAGCGGAGGGGCCGUCCGAGGCCUCGGGGGCCGCUUCGCCCUUCGCCGAGGGCCGCGGCACGCAGACGGGCGGUCGCCUUCGGCGCGGGGAGAGCCGGCGCGGAGCCGACGACCGCUCGGCCUUCGGCGUGCCCGGCAAACGCCGCAGGAGGGCGGAGAGCGCCCGGCGAGGAGAGGACGCGCCUUCCGCGCACGGCGAGCUCCUCCUCCGCCGUCCCGCCGACUCCAGCGGCGAUGCCCGCCCGCGCCUCCGCGGCCGAGGAAGAGCCGGGCCGAAGAGGAGAGCCCCGGCCGACGCCGCCCGUCCGCCGCCACGAGCGGCCGCUGCCGCCCUGCCGGCCCCCGCUGCAGCAGCACGCGGCGACACGUGGCGGCUCCUGGCGCCCUGCCCGCUGCCGCCACCCACCGCCCGCAUCGCGCCCGUCCGCACGGUGUUCUCACCGUGCCACCUGCGGCCUCUCACGGCGCCCAACCUCGCGCCGUGCCCACCGCCGCUGCGGGCUCCCUGGGCCGCCCUGCCUGCCCUUGCCACCCCUGGCUGGCAGUGCCCGUGCUGCUGGGGCCGGUGGUGGCUGCAGCCCCUCUGGCCGUGCUGCAGCCCCUGGCUUCCUUGGCGGCAGCCCCUCCUCUGGCCGUGCUGCAGCCCCCGGCUUCCAUCUCAGCCCCCAGUAGCCCCCAGCAGCCUCACCUACCAGCAGGGAGAUCACGGGCUGGCAGCCCAGAGCGGGCAGUGUGAGGGACGGGAGGAGAGCAGCCCCGGGAGGGAUCAGGGGCCGGUAGAUGUAGAUGAUGAAGAAGAGGAUAUAGAGAUAGUUGUUGUAUAGAUAGUUAGAGGGUAUGAUGAUAGUUGAUAGCGAUGUAGAUUAGUUGAUAGCGACGUAGAUUAGUUGAUAGUGACGUAGAUAGUGAGAUAGACAGCUGAUGGUGGUAUACAGGUAGUAAACAGAUAGCAGAGAGCAAGAUGGGUUAUUGGUAGAGAGGUGGUUUGUGAAUAGCAAGGUAGUUAGCAGCAAGCAAGAGUUAGUAGCAAUGUAGUUAGAUCAUAGCCAGAUAGCUGAUAGGGGGAUGCAGGAUAGAAAGAUGGGUGACUGGGAGAUAGUUAAUUUAUAGCCUGUGAUAUAAGAAGUUGCUAAAAAGAACUUAAUCUCUGUUUCAGAUGAGCCAUUGCGUCCUGGGACACCUCUCUCCCCGCCAGCAUGGGGUGAAGAGCAACACCUGAUGCUGCCCCAGCGCUGGCAGAAGAACAGCAGCUCUGCAGAGACCCGUCCUGCCAGCAGAGCAUCACGGAGAAGAAGACGCGCCUUCUGCUCACAGGAAGAUGAGCCACGGAGACCUGGGACACCACUCUCCCCUCCAGCAUGUGAUGAGGACCAACGCCUGAUGCUGCUUCAGCGCCGGCAGAAGAACAGCAGCUCUGGGAACACCCGUCCUGCCAGCAGAGCAUCACAGGGAAGAGGACGCACCUUCUGCUCAGAGCUAGUUACUCUUCUCCUGUAAGCCGAGCUUUGACAGAGUUGAUGUCCAAAACAGCCGAGGAAGAACUGGACUGAAGAGGAGAGCGCCAGCUGACAGCGCCCGUCUGGUGUGAUGUGCCCAGAGAGAGACUCGUCCAGCAAGAGAUAGAGUAGAUAGGGAGCAUAGGGACCCAGUUAGCUCUAAAAUGUCUUAGUAGUGCAGUUGUAAGAAAGCUCUGUAAAUAAAUUGUAUGCCAUUGUUUUCAUAUCCUUACACUGUGUCCAAAACUGUGUUUGUUCGUAGCCCGAUAUGCCUAGAAAUAAAUGACAGAACAAUAAAUCUUUUCCUCUGA